GACCUUGAAGAAACAAAAUAAUGACACUGACACAGACACUGUACAUUUAUCAAGCUGUCCUUCAAAUUAAUAUUAACAUGUCCAUGUUUUGCAAUAUAGGAAAUAUCAAUAUGCAAUACAAAGACAGCAAAAAUUUAAUAUGGUUAUCUGCAUGGUUAGAAGUUUAAAGGAAGACCCUUCAGCCUUGUUCUAGUAUAUAUCCAUACUAGCCAUAGUGAUACGUGUGAUAUACUAAGUAUAAAAUGGAUGAAGUAAUCAGUGUUUCUGUACCUGGAUAUAAAGAUCAAGUAUUUCACUCACUGCAUCAGUUACAGCAAAGGGGAGUUAACUGUGAUGUAACACUUCAGGCAAGUGAUGGAACUGCAUAUUUACACAGUAUUAUCCUAGCAGCAAAUAGUGAAAAACACAUCUACAGAAAAAUAUCACGGACCAAUGAAAACCAUCAAAUUGACUGUACUAAAUAUAGAAUUCAUGUAAUUAAAGCUGUGGUGAUAUUUUUAUACUCUGGAGAAUUAGUUAUUGAAAAAAGUUUUUAUGAUGAUCUUGUAAAACUCUGUAAAGACUUAUAUUUAAGCUCUGCAUGUAAUUCAUUCAAUCACCAGUAUCAAGUUACAAAGAUACAUCCUGGUGCUUAUGAUAAAGAUGGUGUCAAAGAGAAAACAGUUUUUAAAAGAGAACCAUAUAUUCACUCAAAUAAUAGUAAUGCAUCUUUUGAAAGCACCAGUACAAUUCCUUUAGAAAAUGAUGAUAUUCCAGUUACACCAAAGAAAACAGUCAGCAGAGGUGACAGUUUGUACCUGAAGGUGACUGAUCUUAAAAAUGAUCAGGAAACCAGUAGUGAUGAAAAUAACAUGGAAACCAGUUCAGUUGAAAAUGGUUGCACCAAUGACUCUAGGCCCUCCAGUUCUUCUCUUGGUGAAAACCUUAUAAAUCAGAUAGAAAACAUUGUCAUGCAAUGUGUUGAUAAUGAAAAAAAAGAAAAAAAAGGAAAUGUAUUUCCAGAGUUAACUAUGGAUAAUGAUAGCUUGCCUGAUUACGUUGAAAAUUCUGAAAAAUCUGACAGUAAAUCAAAAUGUGCAGUAACAAAAAGUCCAAGCUUUAAUCAAAACAAUACACCUUUAGUUAGACAUGUUAGGAAGGGUACUAAAAGGUCUUCUGGUUCAUUAAGUUCAGAUAAAAAGGAAAAGACAACUAGAAAAAAGAAAAAGACAUCAUUAAAUAAGAAGAGAAAAGUAACGGAGGUUAUUAAAAAUAAUAAAAGCCAGAGAAAAAUGGACAAUAAUGAAGAUGCCAAAGAUCAGGACUACGAUAUGACUGAGGACACAACAAACCUUAAACCAAAAAAGCAAUGGAAGUGUACCAAGUGUAAUCUAAUAUUUCAGUCAUUUUCAGAACGAGCAGAGCACAUGAGGAAGCUUCACAAACCAUAUCCUUGUGAACUGUGUGAUUGGGUGGGCGUUCAGCCACAUCUGUAUGCCUCACAUAUGUAUGGUCAACAUAAAGUUGUUAUAUACUCUGAAAGAUAUCCAUUGGUUCAGUGUGAUGUUCAGGGAUGUGCAUAUAAAUGUUUGAAUAUAAAUAUGAAAGAUCAUAUGAGAUGUCAUAAGUAUAAAAAAGAGAAGUUAGUAUGUCAUGUUUGUGGAAUGGAGUUCACAUCAGAAGGAGGCUUGCGUGCUCAUUCAUCGUACCAUAAAGAAGAAGAAAUGAAGUUUAAAUGUAAAGAAUGCGAUAAAGUGUUUGGAUGGAAACAUGAACUAAGUAAACACCUGACUGCUGAACAUAAAACACACAAUCUUUGUCACCUGUGUCCAUUCAAGUCAAAGAAUAAGACAUCACUGAUUGUACACCUCCAUAAUAAACAUGCAGAACCUAUUCCAGAGAAAAUGAAAACGUAUAAAUGUGAUAUGUGUGAUUUUUACUGUUUUUAUCCAAGUUAUCUAAAAAUACACAAACAAGAAAGUCAUUCAGAUUCCAUGAAUUUCCAAUGCAAUGUUUGCCCCAAAAAGUUUAAAAGUAAGAAAGCUUUAAGAAGUCACUGGGACUGUGCCCAUAGUUCAAAUUUUUACAAAUGUGACAAGUGUAGUUACACAACAAGAUCGCAGACGACACUACAAAUUCAUCAACAGAGUACACAUUCUGAAGCUCGACCAUUUUCCUGUCAUCUCUGCGAGUACAAUUGUAAAUUAAAAGGAAAUUUGAAUAGUCAUAUGAAGAAUAUUCACAAAUUAGAAAUAGUUUCUAUCAAUAAAUUACACGAAAAAGUUGUCAAAACAGGUAAAGGCUAUGAUGAAUAUAUGGAGGCUAGAAGAAAACGUUUUUUUGAACCAGACAAGACCUCGUUAGAAUUAAUAGAAACUAGACCACUUGAUCAGAGCUGUGGUGUUCCUACAUCAGAGGAUGAUUCUGGAGAUCAAUAUCAAGAUUUACUCAACAUUGUUAGAACAUGUAAUUUACCUUUGUCCUAAAGUGACGAAAUACAUGUGAACAGAUGAUAUACUGUGGAUUUAUUUAAUUUCAUUGGUUCUAAUUAAUGUGGAUUAAGAGAAAAAAAAAUGUAUUUACCUGGAUAUUUGGUUUUGCUAAAGUCUGCAAUUAAGCCUAAUAACUAAAAAGCAGUGAUAAGGUAUCAAUUUGAUGACAGAAAAAUAGAUGCAAUUAAGAUUUCAUUCUAAUCCAUAUCAAUGAAACAUCUUCUGAAAGUGUUACUGCACAUGGAAAAUUUGUGAUAAUGACGCUAUUCAUGUUUUAAAAACAAAUUGCUCUUUUUAGAACAAGAGAAAAAAUAAAAUAAUUAUUUAUUACUUGUAUGUACUUGUAUGUAAAUCAGAUGUAGUCUGCUCUGACAUAUCUAAUACAUACACCAUACACAUAGUGAUUGUGUGAUACCGUAUAUUCGGUUGGUAUUGCAUUAGCCUGUUGGAACAGCAUUUUACGUACUUCAGUGUGUCUGUCUGAAGAUUCUCCAAACAAUGCCAAACUAGUGGACCUAAUAAACUCAUUGCAUGGUGGUAACCAAGCCUGGCUUUCUAUUUAUUGUUUUAUUGUAAGCUGUUGAUGUAAUGAUUAUGUAACUCACAAUGUGAGAAUUAAUGUAAAUUUAAUGAAAAUAACCUGUAAUAAAAUUCUAGGUGUGUAACACAAUUUUUUUUGUGUAUCUGAAAAGUGA